UGUACUUACUGUAAGUCGCUCUGGGUAAGAGCGUCUGCCAAAUGACUAAAUGUAAAUGUAGAUAAUAAGUUGCAGUACCUCAGUAAGGGAAAAGGGAGCCUAUCUGUACUGUGAGAAAAUUAUCUCUCACAGCUCCCGUCUCUGUCCCUACCAUCAUAAUCAGGGAUUUGAAAGGAAAGUGUGUGAGUUAACUCUUUCUUCCUUCUCUUCUUUGGUUUUAGGUUUGGGUGUGUUUUACCCCCAGUUGCUUGGAGUGUGUGUGUGUGUACAUGCAUGGGGAGCUGGGUGUCCUGUUUCCUCCUCAGCUAAAGCGUGAUUAGACCCAGUGUCAUGAGCCCCGAGUACAUUUUGACUGUCUAUAUUAGCUGGUGCUGCGUUCCAAACCAGCUGGACUAACAACACCACAGAACUGACAAAUGUUAGCGCUUCAGUUGUUUUGUUGUUUUUAAAAUAAUUAUUUUAGACAAGGGUUGUCCCUUUGGCACCGUAGCCCAUACAUGCACCCUACCUCCUCCUCUCCUCUCCUCUUCUCCCUCCCUGAUACUCCCAGCACCAUUUACUCCCCCAGACAGGGGAGCAGUAAGCAGUAGGGUAGCCAUGCUGGACUGGGGCCAAAGAUGAAGCUAAAUACCAUGGCAGGGUAGAGCUAGAGAGGUGGGCAGGACAGGGAAUGUCCUGGCCUUGCCGGUCCCCUCUUCACUAGCCGACACUCCAAUCACCUGACAGUCUCAUGUUGUUGUGUGAAUUUAUUUCAAAGCUAUUCUUAGCUACGGCUGGCCAGCGAGGGCUUGGGAAGAGAGAGAGGGCAGGGGAAAAGGGAGACACUGAGAGAGAGAGAGCAAGGGAGGGACAGAGAGAAAGAGAAUGAGAGGAAGAGACUGUCAGAAACAGAACACGAUGCCCAGCUGGCCCUCCCCCCAGUUGGAACCCAGCCAGGUGAGGCUGAUAGUGUACCAGGACUGUGAGAGGCGAGGGAGGAAUGUCCUCUUCGACUCCAACGCCAAGAAGAAGAGCCCGGAUGAACCCCCCAGCUCUAAGGUGUGUGGAGAGGGCCAGGGGAAAGUCUUUGGGAGAUGUUGUCAGCUGAGGCCUACAGGAGGCUCCUCCUCCUCCCUUGAAAGCACCUCCUCCUGCGCCUCUGAGCCUCGUGAUCAGGGCCUCCGAUUCCAGGGCCCUCGUUGCUCCUCUGAUGCCAACAUGCUGGGGGAGAUGAUGUUUGGCUCCGUGGCCAUGAGCUACAAGGGCUCCACCCUAAAGAUUCACCAGAUCAGGUCACCCCCUCAGCUGAUGCUGAGUAAGGUGUUCACCGCCAGGACAGGGAGCAGUGUGUAUGGCAGUCUCAACACGUUACAGGACAGCCUGGAAUUCAUGAGUCAGGACCCCAACACUCUCAGGCCCGAUCAGAACACUGGGACCAACAGUCUCCUAGGUUUCUCUCAGCUCAGCAGCCCUCGUCGGGCCUUCUCAGAGCAGGGUCCUCUACGCCUCAUCAAGAGCGCCUCUUUCUUUUCAGGCCACAGUAACCCCAUGGACAUGCCAGGCAGAAGUCUGUAUGAUGAGAGAGACAGUGGCAUUGCCAGAUCAGCAUCUCUUAGCAGCCUCCUCAUUACUCCGUUCCCAUCCCCUGGCUCAUCCCUCACCAGCAGUAGCUGUGCCAGCAGCUACCAGAGACGCUGGCUCCGCAGCCAGACCACCAGCCUGGAGAAUGGAGUCUUCCCCCGGUGGUCAGUGGAGGAGAGCUUCAACAUGUCGGACGAGAGUGGCGGUGCGAGCCUGGGCGUGGCGAGGAAGAAGAAAAUCGCCAUUGGUGUCAUCUUUCUCCUGUCUCAGGACGAAGAGGAGAACAACAAGUUCCAGGACUUCUUCUUCUCUCAUUUCCCACUCUUUGAGAGUCACAUGAACAAGCUGAAGAGUGCCAUCGAGAUGGCCAUGAAGAUGAGCCGACGGUCAGCUGAUUCCAGUCAGAGAGCCCUGGCUUACAGCCGCAUGGUGGACGGACUCAAUGAGUUCAGGACGACCAUCUGUAACCUGUACACCAUGCCCCGUGUGGUUGAGCCUGUCUGGCUCACCAUGAUGUCUGGAGCCCCCGAGAAGACCCUACUGUGUGCCCAGUUCAUGAAAGAGCUUUCCCAGCUCCUGGAGCAGGCCUCCAAGAACCAGUUUCUCCCUGCCCUCCUGACAGCCAUCCUUACCAAUCACCUGGCCUGGGUUCCCACAGUGAUGCCCAAUGGGCAACCACCAAUCAAGAUCUUUUUAGAGAAGCACUCGUCCCAGAGUGUGGACAUGCUGGCCAAGACACACCCCUACAACCCUCUCUGGGCACAGCUAGGCGACCUUUAUGGGGCCAUCGGUUCUCCAGUGCGUCUGUCCAGGACGGUGGUGUUGGGCCGGCGGCAGGACCUGGUCCAGCGACUCCUCUAUGUCCUCACUUACUUCAUCCGCUGCUCCGAGCUGCUGGAGACCCACCUGCUAGACAGCCACGAGGAUGAGGCUAUUGUCAUCCCUGGCUCACUCAUCACCACCUCUCUGCGACGUGGUGAGGUGGAGGAAUCAGAGUACGUCCUGAUCACCGUCCACAAGCCCAGUGGGGACUACCUCAGCCAGGGAGCCCAGGGACAGGAGACAGUGGCAGCUGGACCUCAGGCUGGCCCUGGGGCUGAACCUGGGCCUGGAAUUGGAGCUGAGCCCGAAACAGAGGUCCGUGAAGGAGACAGAGAUUGUAGCUACCCCUCCUCAGACAAUAGCCUGCAGAACAGCACAUACACGGACAUGGAGGAGCUGAGCACAGUCACACCUCCCCCCAAGAAAUAUGAGGAAGAGGAGGACGGCAGCCAGAGCUCUAAGAGCAGUGUUCUCCAUUCCGUCUCACGGACAGUGGAGGCCGGGGAGACGGAGGCCCUGUCUAGUUUAGGUCAAGGCCCCCAGAGAGAGUCCUCCAGCCCCUCCGGCGUGGAGGCAAAGCAGGAGAUAGUGGUGCGCGUGGGCUCGGCCUCCCCCAGGGAGCACGCCUGCGUGCUGGGUGCUGAGCCCAAGGCGAGUCUGGAAAUCAGUCACGGGCCUUUAGAACAGAUGGAGGCUGGAGUGGCUGAGGUCACCGAGACUGGGCCCACCAAGGUGUUUAGACCCUCAGGCAUACCUAUGGAGAAGAAGCCCCCCGACAAGAACUUGCCCCUGCCAGUACCGGUACCGGGCUCCUUCCAUGGCCCGGCGGUCUUCUUGUCAGAGGGAGAAGAGGAGGAGCCAGCCAGUAAGGUGACCUUUCUGAUUGGUGACUCAAUGUCACCUGACUCUGACACAGAGAGUCGUGGGAGGAAGAUGGAGGAGGAAAUGAGGAAGCAUAAAAAACACAGACAACAACAACACCAACUCUUCAAACAAGAACAGCAGAGGGGGAGCAGUGGAGGGCACAGAGGGGGAGGAGCCGGUAGGGAGGUGGAGUCAAAGACUAUCCAAUUAGCAGAGGACCAAACCAAGACCAAGGAGGUGGGGGGGAAGGACAGCACUUUGGUGCGGGUAACCAGUAAGAUGCCCCAGUGGGCACCUCACACCAGUGAGGAGUGCAUGGAUCUGUUUGACGAGUACUUCAGCGACGACAACCCCGUGGAAACCAGGACCAUUGACGACCUUGCCAAGCAAUGCAGAGAGGUGGGAGGCACGGACAAAAUCCAGAAGGAGCUGCUGGACCCCUCGGGGGUGAUAGGGAAAGGAGUCAGAGGCCAGGGAAACAAUGAGGGUCCAGACAGGUGCCGCUGUGGCUCCAUGGACCCUUGGGGACCUAGUAGCUGUGGACACUGCACAGCGGAAAAGGACCGGGAAAUCCUCAUAUCCGUCACGGGGCCCCAGGAGGACCGUGGCGAGCCCAGGAAGACUGUGCCAUCCAGCGAGUGGGAGAUCCCCAGGAACGAGAGCUCGGACAGCGCUCUGGGGGACAGUGAGAGUGAGGACACCAGUCAGGAAACACACAGGAACAAUGACAUCUACUACACUGGGGAAACGGACCAGGACGACUGGCAGGAGGAGGUGGUGGUCCCCUUCCCUGGGGCGAAGCUGGUGGAGAACUUCUCCAAACCCAGCAUUGCCAACUUCGGCCGGUCGCUGUUUGGAGGGUACUGUCCCACUUACGUGCCUGACUUUGUCCUGCACGGUCUCCCUAGCGACGACAAGCUGAAGCAGGGCCUCAUGGCUGACCUUGACCAUGCUGUGCAGCACCCAGUGCUGGACGAGCCCAUAGCGGAGGCUGUGUGCAUCAUAGCGGAUACGGACAAGUGGACGGUUCAGGUGGCCAGCAGCCAGAGGAGGCCCACGGAGACCAAUAAGCUGGGGAAGGAAGUGCUGGUGUCUAGCCUGGUGUCCAGCCUGCUGCAGUCCACUCACCAGCUGUACAAACUCAACCUCUCACCCAACUUUUGUGUGAUGCACCUUGAGGAUCGUCUGCAGGAGAUCUACUUCAAGAGCAGGAUGCUGGCAGAGUAUCUGAAGGGUCAGACUAGGGUCCAUGUCAAGGAGCUGGGAAUGGUGCUGGGGAUUGAAUCCAGUGACCUGCCCUUGCUGGCAGCAGUAGCCAGCACUCACUCUCCCUACGUGGCUCAAAUCCUGCUCUAGACCACCAGGGCACCAUGGCCGUCGCAGGUGGGGGCAGACCGCUCCCUGAUGGGCAGAGAGAUAAUGGCGGGGGGGCAGUGCUCCUGGAAGGCAGCUGACUUCAGUAGUCAACUGUGACACAACAUGGCUGACUGUGCACUACUGUGACCCCAGUGUGUUCUCCUCCCCACACCAGAGCUGUCAGACCUGUAGGAUACUGCACUUGGCAGUAUUCACUCUUGGCACAAGAGGGCAUCAUGUCCACAAUCUGUGAUGUAAGGACACAGGAAGCUGAACUGGUGAUGUGACUCCCAAGCUGCUUGAGAUAAUGGUAUUCUCCUGCUUUUGAAUGUUUCUUUGUAUUUUUUUGCAUUUAGAUUUGUUUUCAUGGUUAUAGGACAAGAAAGCCAAAGACUUUUCUGUUAAGUUCAAAUGAAUAAUCAAGAUCACAUUGAAACUAAUACGGUUUAAAUUGACUACUUUUCUGUACAAUCAUUAGUUAGUUUAUAGGAAGGAAAAGCUGACCUGUCAUCACACGGAAUCGAUAGGCAUCGAUAUCAGAGGCAGAGGCCUCUAAUACUUUCCACUUGUAGUCAGUGUCAUCCGGAGAUACUAUCAAGCUCACCAUUAUGCCAAUUAUAUGUCUGUGUUCGAUUUCCUGUUUGUUUACAAGUAUACAUGCCCUGAAAAUCUCAACCACCUUUAUUGUGUUGGGAGGUGGACUCUAUUGUGAGUACAGCCCUAGAGACUGUCUGGAUACAUCAUAUACAGACAGUCUAUUUAUUGACCUUAAUCUUUUUACAUUUUAAUUAUUAACUUCGAUUCUUUUAAUUUGCAUUAUUAUAUGCUCUGUAGCACUUUGAGAUUGCUUAAAAGUAUAAUAGUAUAAAGUGCAAUACAAAUAACAUGUAUUAUUAUUGUUAUUAUCAUAUCUGAGUUGUUAAAGAUAAACUGAAUUUUUAUAACGUUUCCAAUGCUAGAAGUUGGUCGUGAACACACUCUAUCACAGGUACAGGCCUACCUCAGAUUCUCUUCAGGCAACUGACACUCAACAACUGUGCUUUUUAUAGCUGCCCUGAUGAAAACGCCUAAGGGAAAUAUUUUAUAGCUGCCCGUUUUGGAAUGUUGGAGGGAAAUGUUUUAACGCUCUCUCUGAAAUGUGAGGAAUGUUCUAGUAAACUCUUAACGCAAUGCUGUGAUCUCUAUUGAUAAAGGGAUAUAAUUUGACUAUCGAACAAGGGAUUGGGAUGGUCGAGAUGCACAAGAUCAUCUAAAGUUUAGUCUAAACGAUUGGAAAUUUAGUAGGAUCGUUAGUAUUUUCAAUUUUUUUUCUCCAGUUUUAUUGCUUUGCCUCCAACAUUCGAUGUUUACGGCUGUACCGAAUGCUUUGAAGGGAUAGUUUGUGGGAAUAUGUUGGUGAAAAUGUACCAGCUUACUGUUUAUUACAGAGAUGUGGAAAACAAAUGGCUAUGUCACUGUCAAUUGUGGUGUUGUAUUUGAUUGAAAGCAACACUCUGAAGACAGCACCUGUGCAAUGGAGUCUUAAUGGCAUGGAAAAAACAGGGGCUUUAGGCAAAGAGAAUAUAUUUUGCUGGUUAAAAUGAUUAUGAUGACAUGCUUCACUGUGUGUGUAAGAUGCUUGGCUACUGCAGGUUAUGUGCUACCCAUCACAUUCACUUUAUUUAUUUUUAACCCUGAUUAUUUCUUUCUAGGGUAUGACUUUAUAUCUACUUUUUCUUCCUUUAUACCUGUUACAAAUAAAUUAUUUAGUAAGGCGUGUAACAGUUUUAUGUAAAAUUGUACAUACUGUUAAUUUUCAGUUUUAUUUGUACACCUACAUGUUCUUUCAAUAUGACUUUGUUUCCUUUUUGAAUUAUACUUUCCCAAUUUUAUGGGAAUGUUGUGCAAUAAACUGUGUCAUUGGUGA